UCCACAUCAUGUCUGCUCAGGAAACCGCUACCAGAUUCGCCUCUCCUGAAUUCUCCUCCGUUGGUGGUGGACAGGUUGUUGGCCAAUCCAGGGGCACCGUCGCACCCAACGAAGCUUUGAAGCUUCGUUUGGACUUGAACCUCGAGGUUGAAAUCGCAAUCCAGGCCAAGGUCAAUGGCGAUAUCACCUUGUCGCUCCUUGAGUAAACGUCCCCCGUCGGUGCGUAGAAUAGAUUGGUAAUGCAGUUGUCCGGUUUAGGUGAGAUGGGGC